AAAUUAUUUGGGUAAUUUUCCAAUAAGCAAACUGAAAAAUGGUUUUGAUAAUCCCGUUUAAAAUAUAAUAUCGGCAAUAAACCACUCAUUUUUAAACAUCGAUCACAUCGAUCGGUCUUAAUCCGUGUCAUAAAACUAUGCCCCCUAUAAAAGAUGGGUUUUGAGCGGUUCAAAUUCAGUUUAUUUUGACGAUUCGUUAUUGGAAGAGUGAGAAAAAUCGAAAAAGAAAAUGGUCUUGAUUGCCGGAAAAUUUGAAAACACCGGGAACGAAAAUUUCGCCCAAUACUUGAAGUCUUUGGGGCCGGAAAUUACCGACGAAUUGGCCUCGAAGAUGGACAGUUCGAGACCAACGAUCGAAAUUAAAGUCGACGGUGACAACUGUAGCAUUAGCAGCACUACGGGUAGAGGACAAACUUUUACUUUUGGAAAAACCUUUGAAGACGAACCAUUACCGGGACAAAAGGCCCAAAGUACCGCUGUUCUUAGUGGCAACAAGGUCGAAAUUAAAUCCGUUAGUGGAUCCACAACAGGAAAUAGAGUUUAUGAAUUUAGCGACUCCGGUCUUGUUGUUCAUUACUCAGCCCCAAGUGGUGUAACUGCCAAAAGAAUCUACAAGAGACUCUAAAUAAUCCACGAAAACACAAAUUUUUCAUUCAAAUGUAAUUAUUGAAACAAUAAAAAAUUAAAGAAA